ACUCUAUGUCUGACUUUUUGAAAAGUACAGUGGACAAGGCUGUACAGAGUAAGACUGGACACCUGGAUCUUUUCCUCCGCUUCCUCCUGGGUCUCUCACUGGAGUCCAAUCAGACUCUCUUACGAGGCCUACUGCCACAAACAGGAAGGAGCUCUUAUAACAAAAAGGAAACAGUCAGGUACAUCAAGAAGAAGAUCAGUGAGAAUCUCUCUCCAGAGAAAUCCAUCAAUCUGUUCCACUGUCUGAAUGAACUGAACGGUGAUUCUCUAGUGCAGGAAGUCCAAAAAUACCUGAACAUAAGAGGUUCUGUUUAUCAUGAUGGACUCCGUCUGUCUCCUGCUCAGUGGUCGGCUCUGGUGUUUGUGUUGCUGAACUCAGAUCAGGAGCUGAAUGAGUUUGAUUUGAAAAAAUAUUAUCCAUCACAUGAAGUUCUUCUGAAGAUGCUGCCAGUGGUGAAAGAAUCGAGAAAAGCUAAAUUAUUCAUAUAACCCCAUGGCUUGGAGUUUGCUCUGAACCUGUAUUAAUGGCACCUGUUUCACCUCGUUAUCUGUAUAAAAGACACCUGUCCACAGUCUCAAACAGUCAGACUCCAAACUCAACCAUGGCCAAGACCAAAGAAAAUUGUAGACCUGCACCAGGCUGGGAAGAGUGAAUCUACAAUAGGCAAGCAGGUUGGUGUGAAUAAAUCGAAGCAAUUGUAAGAAAAUGGAAGACAUACAAGACAAUUGAUAAUCUCCCUCGAUCUGGGGCUCAUCCCGUGGGGUCAAAAUAAUGAUGAGAAUGGUGAGCAAAAAUGCCAGAACUACACGGAGGGACCUGAUGAAUGACCUGCAGAGAGCUGGGACCAAAGUAAAAAGGCUACCAUCAGUAACACACUACGCCGAGAGGGACUCAAAUCCUGCAGUGCCAGGCGUGUCCCCCUGCUUAAGCCAGUACAUGUCCAGGCCCAUCUGAAGUUUGCCAGAGAGCAUAUGGAUGAUCCAGAAGUGGAUUGGGAGAAUAUCAUGUGGUCAGAUGAAACCAAAAUGGAACUUUUUGGUAAAAACUCAAUUCGUCGUGUUUGGAGGAAGCAGAAUUCUGAGUUGUUGAAUUUUCUGGGCAACUAUCAUAUACUGGUUUUCUGAGGGAUUUAGUUCAAAUUUCCUAAUCUCAUCAACCACAAUUCGCACAAACUGUCACCGAUCUCCUGGGUUUGGUCUUUUUAACUUGCUAAUGAUAACUGUAAACUUGAAGGCAUCUUAUCCAAUGAGAUACUAAAGGCAUUAAUCCAGUUACUGCAAGCAGAUGACAAUGGUGAAGAUGACCUGCUGCCACUGUUUGAAGAACUUGGCACUGGUGAUGUCAGGUCCUCUGGAUAAACAUCUUCUGAUUUGAACACAAUUUGAGAUAUUGUGUAAAGAAUAAAAUGAAGGACGUCCUUCUGAACUUGAUGAAAAA